CAAGGCGCCAUCCCAAUUCCCCAACCUCUUUUUUUCUUCCCCUCCCUUCCUCUGUCCCAAUUGAGUUUGGUCCCAGCCCCUAGCGAGGAAGCUCUGACCAUGUGGCAUUGGCCAAUCAGAUGGAACAUGUUGGUCUGGUCUCGGCGCCGGUUGAAUGAUCUGGCCACCUUCUCAGCAAAUGCAUCUCUGCUUAGCAGACCUUAGCAAUUUUCCCUCUCGUGGCCGCUAUCCACUCUGUUCAUCAGCUACCAAUUAUUGUAUUCUGAUACUGCCGCUGUCGCUGUCACCAUGAACAAGAACUGGAACGACCGGGCCGACAAGGACCUGUUCUUCACCAUCCUGUCCGUCAAGAACAUUGGCGUCAUCAGUGGCAGCGAAUGGACCACCAUCGGCAACCAUAUGCGCUCCAUGGGCUAUGGCUUCACCAACGAAGGAUGUCGCCAGCACUUCCAAGGCCUUCGUCGUGCUCAGAACAAGGCCGAUUCCAGCACUGUCAACCCCGACAACAGUCCCAGAAAGAUUGAUCCCACCUUGAACCCCAUCACACGGAGACCAGGACCCGGCCGAGGCCGCCCAAGAAAAAAUCCCGCUCCACCAACUGCUGCCGAUCAUGCUGCUGCUGCUGCCGCCGCCGCCAUUGCCGCCGCCGGGCCAGGACAAGCCCCCGGUGUGGCUCCUGGUGGCGGCCCGGGCUUAGCCCCUAGUGUUGCUCCUGGCCCCGUCCCGGGUGUGGCUCCUGGUCCUCCGGGGGUGGCUCCCGUUUCCAGCGCUCCUCCGACGCCGCAACAAAUCACCAGCGUUCCGGUGCCCGUCAUCCCUGGCAUGCCUGCUCCGCCGCCCGGUGUUCAGAUGCAUCCCAUGUAUGCUCAAAAUGUCCAGGCUCAGGUGCAGACACCAGUUCGCCCACCAUCUCGGCCCAUCAAUGCUGGUGGCGCACCACCAGCCCAGAUGGAAUCCCCUGAUGAUCUUGCCGUGGACCCUAAUCUGGAGGAUGACUCGGACGAGCAUAUGGCUAAGCGGCAAAGGCUGGACGAUUCGCAAAGUGGUUCGCUGGAUGAUGAAGCUAUGAUGAAUGCCCUGUCAGCACACAAUGAACCCACGCCGGGAGACUAUAGUCAGGACUUUAGUAGUUAUGGUGAGGCUUGA